GCACACUAUGAAAUCUUGGAAGCCCUGAUUGAUGGUCUACCGAUCCUCCCAUCCCAGAACUCUUCCUCCUGGGGGCCCAAACUGAGGGUCCUAGAUUUAAGGCUGGACCCAGACUGCAGGACCACAUGCUCUGAGAUCAAGACCACAUGUCCGUUCUGUUUUCAGUCUUGCAUUUGCUCUCAGCGCUCUAUCCUGAAUGGUGACAAAGCCCAGCACAGUGUUAGGUGCCUCAGAUGUGUUCAUUCAGAGACUGAGCCUAGAUCAUCUGGAGAACCUAUGGAAUUAUUAGUGGAGCUUUCCUUGAAUGAUAACUUGAGAACAAGGCAAUUUCUUUCUUUCCUUAAGAGUAAAGUUAAUCAGAGCUCUGGGUCCUUGCACCUCUGCUGCAGAGAGUUGCAAAUUGUUAACAUAUCUGCCCACAAAAGCUUCCUACAGAUCCUAGAUCUGGGCUGCACUGAGUACCUGGAAGUGAAUGAGGCUCGUCUCAAUGAAGUCACCACCCUUUUGGCUCGGAUGAUCCACCUGGACAGACUUACUCUGUCUAAAAUUUCUUCUAAGUCUUGCAAGGGGAGAAACUUCAGAACUUUCCUUACCCACCUUAGGCGGAUGGACAACCUGCAGGAGCUCAGCCUGUCUUUCUUCUACCUCUCCGGUCAGCUGCACAGACUGCUCAGAGUCCUGCCACCUCAGAUGGAUGCAUUGUGUCUGUCUGUCUGUGGACUUUCUGACAGAGACAUCACUGCCCUGUCUCAGAGCCCUCAGGCCAAGCACUUAACACUGUUGAAUCUCAGUAAUAAUGAUAUGUCCUGGGCCUCUUCUGAGUCCUUCCAGGUGCUGCUGGAGACAGCAUCAGGCACUCUGCAGUAUCUGGAGUUAAAUAAUUGCCUGAUCACAGAUUCUACUCUCUCUCCUCUCAUCCCCAUCCUGAGCCGCUGUUCCCACCUUCGCGUCCUUAGCUUUGCCUUCAACCCCAUUACAAUGCCUGUGCUCACAAGCCUUCUGCGCCACUUAACAGCCUUGAUGGACCUGAAGCUCGUAAUUUGUCCUGUCCCUGUCCAUUGCUAUGAACAUUGGAAUCUUCAAGACAGUUUGGACCAAGGGAAAUGUGCUGAAGUACAGGCCCAGCUGAGGGCAAUGUUGCAGGCGGUACAGCGGAAAGACAUGCACUGGACCAUUCGUUCCAAAUGAUUUUCACAGGACAAGGACUUUUUUUCCCACACCAACAUGUGGCCAUUGAAGUACUCAGUGUUCUUGCCAAAGUCCAAAUUGUAGAGACACAAGUACAAUUCUACUGCUCAGGAAACUGGUGUGAGAAAACUCAGAUAUGCGGCAGGCCUCUUUAUAAGGGAUAUAAAUAAGUAGAGGCUUUUGAGAGGUCCUUUGAGUCCCUUGCUUAAUUCCCCCUGCAUCCUCCUUGUC